GGGGUGAGCUCGGGGGUGUGUGAAGCGACGCUGCCGCCGACGCCGGCGUCUCUCACUGGUGGUGUGUCGUCGUCGAGCGUCGCGAUCGAUCCUGCUUUCGGCCGCUGGCGCUGCACCCGCCAACAACAACGCCGCUUGUCCAGCCAAGCCCGACACUCCUUCGAACGGGAUCGUACAUCCUGUGUGCAUUUUGUGAACACCUACUGCCAGCAGGUGUACUUCCCAGCAUUACUUGAAUAAUACAGGCUCCCGCAUCUCGGACGUUUCGGUUUGUGCGAGUCGGCGGCGCGACGCACGAUCGCGGCAGCGGCUGCGACGACGCCGACGGCCAAUCUCAACAAACACAUCGCGAGCUAUGGAAGAAGUUUUACCAGAAGGCAAACACUUUCGAUUGGUAAACGAAUCAGAGCUUCCAGAAAUCAUUGAUUUUCUCGGUAACUAUUUACCGGAUUCCAUCAAGUUCCAUCAAACAUUGAAGACGUUUUUGAAAGACAGGGUGUGGGAAUUUUAUUUCUACGUCACUAAAACGUGGCCGGAGCAAGCUGUGAUACUACACUUCCCUGGAAUGACAAAAACGCCUAACAAUAAACUGUACGAGAGCUUCAGCGUGUUUUGCCCUUGCGAUCAGCUAGACAACAUGUACCUGUUGUUAGAGGAGGAGGUGCUAAUCGACUGGACGCAGCCAAUUUUCCUAAACUUCACGCAUUCGCAGAUUGUGGAAAAACUGGAGGAAAUGUAUAAUGAGAGAGGAGGGAUAAUGGAAAAGCUGUACGGCGAUAUUUAUGGCCUAAUGAAACCUGAACAAGGGUUAACCGCCGAGGAAGAUGUCGCUGCCGACACCAGGGUGGUUUAUACGGACGAAGCGGUGCUGUCCCAGUUGAGUCCUUCGCACGCUAAAACCAUUCACGAUUUGUACCCAGCCAACAACAUGGAAUGCGUUCAAGUGUUCGAAAGACUGAUCGAGAAGUUACCUUGCUACGGCAUCUUUAGCACUUCCGGAGAUCUCGCUGCGUGGAUGGUGCAGUCAUAUUACGGAGCCAUGUUCUCGAUGCAGACUAGACCGGAAUACCGGAGGAAAGGAUAUGGACUCGUUUUAGCAAAAUAUUUAACCAAAUUGGUGACAGAAAGAGGCUACAUUCCGUUCGUAGUUAUCCGUCCGGAGAAUGACGCUUCGAAAGGGCUGUACACCAAGUUGGGCUUCAAGAAGUAUUUCCAGACAGUCAGAGCCGUCUUGAAGCCCAGCGAAAUGGCGGCGGCAAAUGACGCUCAAGGAGGAGGGACGACGGCGACGCAGAGAAAUCAGCCUCCUGAACAGGCAGACAGCGGAACGGGGCCUCAAGAACGACCACAACAUACACUAGAUAGUCAGAUAGAUAUUAAUAAUGUUAACGGUGACAUACAAAAGGAGGACACGACAGAUGAUUAAAAAUUACAGUCAGGUUAUAAAUGUUACUAAACCAUCGCUUAAACAAAAGAUGCAUUUAUGUAUCGACAAUAUUUUUGGCGCAGCACUGGCUUUUCAUCCUUACAGCCGUACAGAUUUUUUCGUACAUCUCUUGGGCUAACUAACACUAUCAACUAAACAGCACGUACCAAAAAUGAAUUGUCGCAAAAAAAAUUAAAACAAAUAUAACCUUGGUCAUAAUUAUUUUAUUAUUACGCGGUAAUGGAUCUGGAUUCUGAUCAGUAGAAUAUUAUAGUCUGAUAAGAGCACCAGAAGCAUCAUAAUUAUACAGAAACUGUCCAUUUGCCCUCUGACCUUCUAUACAUAUAAGUAGUCAAGCCAACACCUCGAUAGCACGAAAUAUUUAUUCAAUAUUUAAUAAUAUUUUUAUCUUACUUAAAUAUCUGUAAUAUGAUAUUUUUAUUAAAUAUUUAUUCAUUAAAUAUUUACUUUUCAAUCAAUGGAUACUCCAAUAUUUAGAAAAUAUUCAUUAAAUACAGGGUGUCCGCAAAGUUAGGGUUUUCCUUUUGAGAAACAACUACCCUUGAAAUAACAAAGGUGAUGUGUAGUGAAACGUGGGCGACCAAGUAAAAAAAAAUGAAGGAAAAAGUACUCACUCUCCAGUUGACGAGAAGGGCUAAGUACGUCUCUGCCCGAAAACAUACCGCUCCAACAGAAAAUGAAAUCAGCUGAUGCGCUACCGAGCAGACGCAGGCAAACAAGGAAGGCAAAAUGUUACGUAAAAAGUCUAGGUAUUGCAUCCCGUCCAAUCGAUUUGGGAGAAUAAAUGGUCCAAUGAGGGAUUCUCGUCUACGCGAUUACCUCUACACGCGUGACCGUAACCGUCGGUCCCUUAAGACAUUGGUGUACAUGGUACUAAGAAAAAUUGCUUAUGUUUUCAAGAUCUACACGUCGUGUAAAGGAAAACCCCAACUUUGCGGACACCCUGUAUUUUCGGCGACGGAGCAUGUGCGUGUAACCCGGAGCGACCAAUGGUAUAAUAGAAAGCCGGCCUGCGCCGACCCGUUUGCGCAUUUUCCGGCAUCCAUUUUUCCUGUGACUUUCACUAUGAUAGCUCCGCAAAAUUUUAUACCGAGCACCGACCGACCAAUCAGAUAUCGUACUUCGCAUUAGAUCUGUAUAACUUGCAGCACAUGCUUAUGCUUAAAUCGCGCAUUUGAUUUUGUAGAGAGAGACAAAAGCAAGCGCGUGCGGCUUGUGUCGAAGUAGUGCACAGCACAGACCCUUUUCAAGUGGCCCAUUAAUAAUGUUACGCUGCGGUCGCGACGAAAAUGACAAGUACACAAUUGAUCGAUUGUACCGCUUUCUCAAUACAAAACAGACUCGACGCUGUGUCUUGCGGGGGCAGCGUUGCCGAUAUUGUUUCUAUUUGUGUAACAUGGAAAAUGAAUAAUGAUCAAAUUACUACUGCUUUUUUCUGUUAAGACAAUAGUUUUGGCAGUUCUGCAGCUGUGCAGAACUUAAAGACCAGCCGCCCCUGUCUAUAAUGAAUAUUUUAUAAAUAUAUAAGAAAUAUAUUUAUUAAAUAUUAAAAAAUCUGUCGCUACAAAUAUUUAACAAACAUUUUUUUUAAAUAUUUAAUAAAUAUUUAGUGCUAUCUGGGCAUAUUCAUAUGCGUUUGGCAUUUCUAUGGUUUCAUUACAAUUGGAAUGAUCAAUUAUGUGCCUUGGACUGCUGAUUAGGGUCCUCGAGACAAGGUUCACUUUCUACACAGCGAUCCACUGUUUGCAUAAAGGCGUUAAUAUUUUCAAGUUAGUAUAUAAAUGUUAUAUGGACAAGUGGUACUAGAAUACGUCUGACUAACAGCGGAACACUUGAUCUAUAUACCAAGUAAUUACGACACAUUGGUGACCUACAAAAACUCAACUUUCGAAAUAUUAAAUUACAAACAGCUUUCAAUUACCACUCAAGACAAGUGCACUCCAAACACAGAAAUAAAACAUUUUUUAACCUUUUGUGAUCCUUCGCGAUAUCAACAAAAUACAAUUUUACGUAUUUAAAAUACAAUAUCUCUUUGAUAAUAUCUCAUAGGUACGCCCUCGCCAUUCACCAAGAUCUGUUUAGCUUUAAACAAUCGUCUUGCGAAAGUUAUAAUAAUUCUAAAAUAUUGCUUUCUAGAGUUCAAUUCCGUAGGACGAGCAGCCAGAUAUACUUGCAAUGAACAUAAUAUUAUUAUGUCCUCUUAAAAUAAAGUAGACCAGUCUGCUUAAUUUUAUGGCGUCAUUCGAACAAAUAUCUUGAGAAUUUUUAAUUAAACUGUUGGAAAAGGUGACAAGUCCCGCAAUCAGAAUAAAUACCUUUCAGCAAAUUCCACCGGAUUAUCAUGAUCUAGAAAAUAUACCUUUCCGACUAUUCUGUUCCUUAAAAAUGCCUCUAUGAUGAUGAUGUUAAAUCUCUUGUUUUGAGAAUAGCCUGUGAUAAAAUGCAUAUUGACAUAUAUGACGAAAUAUUCUUAACUUCCCUAUCAUUAUGAGCCUGCAGUAUGUCUUCCUAGAUUGUCUACAGUCAAAAACCUACACCGACAUACGAGUACUACAGAGUAGGUGACUGAGUUAUAUCAGUAUACUUAUUAUUGUAUAUCUCCUCUUUUCUAUGGUGGAGGGAAUAAAAAAGUUGCUACGUCAUUUCAACUCACUAAUCGAUGAUUCUCAGUAAAAUGCAGCAGAUAAUUAUCUGGUCUAUUAUAAUGUAGUUGAAAUCGAAUUGUUCUAAUAACGCAUUUGAUUUUACAAAAUAGACAUUACGUGUUAAGAGGAAUAGCUUUUUGGAAAUCUUUAACUAGAAAAAAGAUUCGUACUUUAUUGACUGUGAUAUAGCAUGAUUAUACUUGUGAAAAAGUUAAAAGUUGUUUCGUUUUUUUCCAACAUAUUAUUUUAUAGAUAAUUUCUAUUUUGUAAAAUUUAUACCUGCAUUUGAACACUAAGUUAUGAAACAUGCAUUUGCGAUAUGUUUAAUACCUUUACGUUUCGCUGCGCCGAUAAUUACGAUUUUUUUGCAACUUGAGCUCUGUCUAAUUCGUUUUACUUGUAAUAGUCAUCCGGUUAAUUAAAUAAGAUUUUAUUAACAAAGUAGUCAUAAUCCAAAUGGAAAACGAUUAUAGAGGAUACCAUUUCCAAUGAAACAUCUCAUUAUAUUAAUUAAUCAUGGUUUUUAAGUUCUUGUCAUCUAUACGAUUGUAGAAAGUUAAUUUAUACUUAGUAUAGGUAUACAGUCAUCAGUACUUAGAGCCAAUCAAUUUAAUAAAAAGGCUUGUUCCAUGGUGUAAGAUGUAAGAGAUACCAGAAAAAAUAUUCACUGUACUUAAAAUAUCAAUUUUUUGCAUUUUAUCAAAAAUAACAGAGCCAAAAAUCAUGCUGAAUCUAAUAUAAAGAUGAUUGUUUUUCAUUGAAAAUCGUACCUUGUACUACUACUACACGAUUAUACCUUCAUUUUAUAACAUAUCCCUAAAAGGUUUAUUAAAUAAAGUUUUUAAAUUCAAUGUUAGUUAUAUAGUUUUUUAAUUUUAUUUUAUCUAUCUUGAAAUUGUGUAUGUUGCAUGGUGU